CUGCCCCAUUCUCAGGCGCAACAUGCGCAGGAACAAAUAGAGAAGUUACCAAACAGUCGUGGCUGCGCCACGCAGACAACGACCGAGGACGGAGCAAGCGACAAGGUUGCGUUCGCUCCAACUGACGGAGUUUGCACAAGCAGUGGAAAGAGCUUACCCUUUCUGUUCUGGUUGAUGAGUCAGCCUGUUACUCGUUCACAUUCUGGUUCUUCUGAUUCAAGGGCGGUUGCCCCAGCACCCAGACCUGAGAUGGACACAGUCGUUGUCCCUGCUACUAGUGAGUUGGUUCAUGUCCUGUCCAACCUCUCCGACGAGACUUCCGUGAAAGGUAAGCAUGCCAAGGCUCUCCGUGAUGCUACAGUUCAUGCCAUCAAUGAAGUGUGGACUGAGUCACAGGAAGCUACCUCCAUGUUGACUCGCAGUAUUACCGAAAGUAAUGCAGGUUUGUUAUCCGACCUUAACCAGUCGUUUGCCGCUCGGCCGAGGAAUGAUGGCUAUCAACGAAUGGCUCCAGCAGAAUAUUCUCAAGCCUGUUUUAACUGUGGCGGUUUUGGUCAUUUUGCUCGCCAGUGCCCGUCUACUAGAGCACUCUCCAGAGGUACAGGUAUGCCUUCCUAUUCCGUGCAACCUCGCACUUUUGAUCGUAGAGCUCCUCGUUCUGCUUCUCCUGCUUUACGGGCACCCCGUCGAGAUCAUUCACGCGAACUCACAGAAGCUCGCGAGCAGAUACGUGCUCUCUCUAUUACUUUACGCGACAAUCAGUCCGCCCUUGAGCGAUCUGAAGCCCGAACCAAUGCCUCAUUAAGCGCAACGAGGAGCUGGCUAACACUUCUUUUGGCUAUCCGCCUUCUUCAUCCAGAUCUGUUUCAUCGCACGUUCCUCAAGUGCGCCUAUUGUUGGCCUUAUCAGCUUUUUCUCUUUGUGGUAUCUCUAGCGCCUUGCCUACCCCGGCUUGGCUCUGCCCACGAGAUCGUUCUGAUUCAUUUGCGAGAAUACCUUCUUCUUACAACUGUUCUCAUAUUCUUCCACGUUUUGGUGACACCGCCCAAUACUCAAAGGUAUGACUCGCCUGCUUUCCUCUGCAAAAUACUUACGCGUUCUGUAACUUAUUCGAUCAGCUUUUUUGGAGCGCGAUACGAAAACCAUUCGGAAUCACAGCAGAUCGUAUCCUCCGACGCUUGUAACCUCAUGGUACAGCAUCACAGAUGUGCUUUUGGCGAGCUUCAUCCUUCCGGCGAUACCUGGUCCACUUCCAAUGAGCUGAAUAUAGCUUGGCCGUCGGCUCCUUUUGGGUGCUGUACGGAACAUCUUCGCCACAGUUUCGAACUGUUUCCUCAUACAGACGACAAUCCAUAUGCGGCAUGA